AACUGGCGUUGAACUUGGUGUCAGAUUUUGGAUUCCUGUUUGAUAUAGAUGAGUUCUGUAUUUCACGAUUAUUGAGAUGCUUGCUUACUUUAUUUUUGACGCAUAUUCACGUCCUGGAGGAGUCAAAUUUGAACCUAGCUCCUUCAAGUUAACACACGAGAUGGUAGUUCUAAUGGGCGGCAGAUAUUCCCAAGGCUACGAGCUAUUUCAACAUCUCACAGUGAAGGCUUUUCUCGCUAUCCGACCUCAUGCAGAUCAACUCGUCAGCACAGUCCAGCUCAUGCUAGGCACCGGUCUCCCGUCGUUCAAGGGUGAAUCCACCAUCAAGCGCCUCAAGGAUCGUUUUGCGCUCGGGUUGAACGAGCGUCAAGCUGCAGAAUGGAUGAUGGGCAUCAUCCGCAAUGCUCAUGAAAAUGUGAGGAGCACAGCCUACGAUGAGUUCCAACGGAUACAAAAUGGUAUACCGUACAAGUAGCAAAUGCUACUCAGAUUUAGUCAUGGAAAUUUAUCACGGGCUAGUCUACUUCUUGCCUUUGAAUCGCGUUUCAAGGCUUGGGGUUCUGAAUGUUAGUUUCGACUA